UGAUGCUAUUGCUGAGAUUAGAGCUGUCUGUAUUGAAGAAAUUGGUGUCUGGAUGAAAAUGUACAGUGAUGCCUUCCUGAACGAUAGUUAUUUAAAAUAUGUUGGUUGGACACUACAUGACAGGCAAGGUGAAGUGAGGUUGAAGUGUUUGAAAGCUCUUCAGAGUCUGUAUACCAACAGAGAGUUAUUUCCAAAACUGGAGCUGUUCACUAAUAGAUUCAAGGAUCGCAUUGUAUCAAUGACACUUGAUAAAGAAUAUGAUGUUGCUGUGGAAGCUAUUCGAUUAGUCACGCUAAUACUUCAUGGAAGCGAAGAAGCUCUGUCGAAUGAAGACUGUGAGAAUGUUUAUCACCUGGUGUAUUCGGCACACCGGCCCGUUGCGGUAGCAGCUGGAGAAUUCCUUCACAAAAAAUUGUUCAGCAGACAUGAUCCCCAAGCUGAAGAGGCUCUAGCAAAGAGGAGGGGGCGAAAUAGUCCAAAUGGAAACCUUAUUAGGAUGUUGGUUCUUUUCUUUCUUGAGAGUGAGUUGCAUGAACACGCAGCCUACUUGGUGGACAGUUUGUGGGAGAGCUCCCAGGAGCUGCUGAAAGAUUGGGAAUGUAUGACAGAACUGCUCUUGGAGGAGCCAGUCCAAGGAGAAGAAGCUGAUGUUCCUUGUUCUCUAAAAAAAUCUGACCGGCAGGAGAGCGCUCUGAUUGAGCUGAUGGUGUGUACCAUCAGACAGGCUGCCGAAGCACAUCCACCCGUAGGCAGAGGCACUGGCAAGAGAGUCUUGACAGCAAAAGAAAGAAAAACUCAGAUAGAUGACAGAAAUAAAUUGACUGAGCAUUUCAUUAUUGCACUUCCAUUGUUGCUAUCAAAGUACUCUGCUGAUGCCGAGAAGGUUGCAAAUCUCCUGCAGAUCCCUCAGUAUUUUGAUCUGGAAAUCUACAGCACGGGCAGAAUGGAAAAGCAUCUGGAUGCCUUACUGAAACAGAUUAAGUUUGUUGUGGAAAAGCAUGUGGAAUCGGAUGUUCUCGAAGCCUGCAGCAAAACCUACAGCAUACUCUGUAGUGAGGAAUAUACAAUCCAGAACAGAGUUGACAUUGCCCACAGCCAGCUUAUUGAUGAAUUUGUGGAUCGAUUCAACCAUUCUGUAGAGGACCUACUGCAGGAGGGAGAAGAAGCUGAUGAUGAUGACAUAUACAAUGUGCUCUCCACGUUAAAGAGGUUAACCUCUUUUCACAAUGCUCAUGAUCUCACCAAAUGGGAUCUGUUCAGUAACUGCUACAGGUUGCUCAGAACUGGAAUUGAACAUGGAGCGAUGCCAGAACAGAUAGUCGUUCAGGCGCUGCAGUGUUCCCAUUACUCGAUUCUCUGGCAGCUGGUGAAGAUCACCGAAGGCUCCCCUUCCAAAGAGGACCUGUUGGUAUUGAGGAAAACUGUGAAAUCCUUUCUGGCUGUCUGCCAGCAGUGUCUAUCGAAUGUCAACACUCCGGUCAAAGAACAGGCUUUCAUGCUGCUCUGUGAUCUCUUGAUGAUUUUUAGUCAUCAGCUGAUGACUGGAGGUCGAGAAGGUCUUCAGCCUUUGGUGUUUAAUCCAGAUUCAGGCCUCCAGUCAGAACUUCUCAGUUUUGUGAUGGACCAUGUCUUUAUUGACCAAGAUGAUGAAAACCAGAGCAUGGAGGGAGAUGAAGAAGAUGAAGCUAACAAAAUAGAAGCUUUACAUAAGAGAAGAAACCUUUUGGCUGCCUUUAGCAAGCUGAUAAUUUACGACAUUGUGGACAUGCAUGCAGCAGCAGAUAUCUUCAAACACUAUAUGAAGUACUACAAUGACUAUGGAGAUAUCAUUAAGGAAACCCUGAGCAAAACAAGGCAAAUUGAUAAAAUCCAGUGUGCAAAGACACUCAUUCUCAGUUUGCAACAGCUGUUCAAUGAGCUUGUUCAGGAGCAAGGUCCCAAUCUGGACAGGACAUCUGCCCAUGUCAGUGGGAUUAAGGAGCUGGCCCGGCGGUUUGCCCUCACUUUUGGCUUGGAUCAGAUCAAGACCAGAGAGGCUGUGGCCACACUACACAAAGAUGGCAUAGAGUUUGCCUUCAAAUAUCAGAAUCAAAAAGGACAAGACUAUCCACCUCCGAACCUUGCUUUCCUUGAAGUGCUUAGUGAAUUUUCAUCUAAACUCUUGCGACAGGACAAAAAGACUGUUCACUCCUACUUAGAGAAGUUCCUGACAGAGCAGAUGAUGGAAAGAAGAGAAGAUGUGUGGCUUCCGCUCAUCUCCUACAGAAACUCGCUGGUUACGGGUGGCGAAGAUGACAGGAUGUCUGUGAACAGUGGAAGCAGCAGCAGCAAAGCCUCUUCAGUGAGGAAUAAGAAAGGACGACCACCGCUCCACAAAAAGAGAGUAGAAGAUGAGAGUCUAGAAGGCUCAUGGCUGAACAGGAGUGAAAACAUACAUACUCCAGGGACGCUGCAGGCACCACAGCUCACCUCAACUGUCUUGCGAGAGAACACUAGGCAGAUGGGAGAGCAGAUCCAGGAGCAUGAGUCGGAGCAGGGAUCUGAACAAGAUUUUUUACACAAUCCCCAGAUGCAGAUAUCUUGGUUGGGCCAACAGAAGCUAGAAGAUUUAAAUCGAAAGGACAGGACAGGAAUGAACUACAUGAAAGGGAGAACUGGCGUACGGCAUGCAGUACGAGGUCUAAUGGAAGAUGACGCUGAGCCCAUCUUUGAAGAUGUAAUGAUGUCCUCACGAGGCCAGCUAGAGGAUAUGAAUGAAGAAUUUGAGGACACAAUGGUCAUUGAUCUGCCACCGUCAAGAAACCGGCGAGAACGGGCUGAGCUGAGGCCAGACUUCUUUGACUCCGCAGCUAUCAUUGAGGACGAUUCAGGAUUUGGAAUGCCUAUGUUCUGAAGUCUGGUGAAGACAUUUUACAAAUUUGGAACUCUAUUGUUUAGAGCUAGAGGCCUAUAUACUGUGAUAGCUUGUAUGAAAACCACAUUUUUGAUGUGAUACGGUUUGAUUUUUAACCAAAUGAUUGAGGUCAGUCCCUUUUUGUAGUGACAGAAAGAAGAGGAACUUCUUAAUGACAAAGGAAUGUUGGCCAAUCCCAUCACCUCAGAAGGGCUGACCUAAAAAAUCAUUUGUAUCCCUGUUCUUGACUGUCCUAAUACAGAUAUUUUUUUUUUCUGGAUGAGGAGGAAGUUUUAAAUUGUUAAGACAGCUGUCGAAAUAAACACUGUUCUACAUACGUUUUCUGAAAACAACAUUGAGUGAAAACAGAACUUUUUAACUUUAUUUUUCUGCUGUACAAUUUAAAACAGUUUUAACAUUGCCUUUUUAUGUUUUAAAAGCUAGCCAUUUUUAUUAAACCUAUGCCUAUCAGCCAUUGACUAGCAAUGAUGCUAUAAGCAGGUCAUUCUGGCUACAGAAAAGUGUUUUUGAACACACUGGAUUUGAUUAACAUUAUGGUACGCGUAUAUCCUCUCCUAGGCAUUGAGAAGAACACUCUCAUAGAAGAGGUUAGAAUUCUAAUGAUGUGCAUCUCUGCCAAAAAAUUUCAGAUUCUGAUAUGAUAAACCCAGAUUUUAUACUCUUGAGAAGAUUUAUUUUUAUUUAUAAUGGGACAUAAAGUAAGAGAUGUCCAAGAAGCCACUUUUCCAACAGAUGCUGUGUAACAUUCAUUUUAUAUAGCACAUGGGGACACAAAAACAGUAAAUUUUCUAUUGGUACUUGCUCUGUGCAUUUUUAGCAACUUAUACCAGCAAAUAAAGUAUUCUCAGUAAAACACACAAAUGGUUCUCAAGUAAUCACUUUGCUGUUUUUACUACCUACUUCAAGCCCUGCCAGCCCAAGGUACAUAAACAGCAACUUUCCUAUUAAAAAAAAUAGUUCAAGGGUGGGGGAAAGGAAUCACUUUAGCAUACUAAAAGCAAUUUUAACUGUACCAUAAGAAAAGUCUACUUUCCAUGCCAUAAAUACCCUUUUGCGCUAUUUUUGUAAAUUAAUUUUGCCAGUUAGAAGUACUGUAUGUGCUGCAUAGAAAUUUGUGCUUAGAUGGUGAAGUUCUUAAGCUUACAAUGGAGUACAGCUACAUUUUCAGUGUUAACUGUGCAUAUUAAGAGUAAUUCUUUGGGAAAAAAAAAAAAAAGAUUUUUCAAAAAAGUUAAAAAUGUCCAAAAAAACCCCAAAAACCCAAAACAUUCUCAGCUAAUUCAUUGUAAUAAGAGAUUUUUCAAUGUCUUCAAUAAUUUGGAAUUUCAUUAUGCUUCGAUUUUAUGACUCUGCCUAGUAGCCGCUACUUAGUUAAAACUGGCCUGAUAUCAGAGGUGCUGGCCAUCCACAACUUGCACUCACUCUUGGAUCUCCAAGAACCAGCCCCAAAAUGUUAAUCUUCCUUUCUGCAUUCUGAUGUUAGCUUUUGAGAUACAAAGCAGACUGACACACUUGGAGCACAGCAGUUUUAGAGGUGCUUUUUUUUAGC